GUGGACCUGCCUCCCCGCUGCCCUUCCUCCCAGCCGGCAGUGAGGCGGUGAUGGCGGCCGAGCUGCAGGGCGCCGGCGGGGCGGCGCGGGAUGUGCUGAGCGACGGGCUCCUGGAGCUGCUGAAGCCGGGAGUGAGGGAGGUGGACCAGCAGGUGCAGGCCGUCAGGGAGAGUCAGGUGGAGCUGAGGGAGCAGAUCGACCGGCUGGCGGCAGAGCUGUGCAGGAUAAAUGAGGAGCAGAAGGUGUCCCUGGACCUAGAUCCGUACGUGAAGAAGCUGCUGAAUGCUCGGCGGAGGGUGGUGCUGGUCAGCAACAUCUUGCAGAACGCCCAGGAGCGACUGAGGCGCCUGAACCACAGCGUCGCCAAGGAAACAGCCCGGCGGAAGGCCUACCUUGAGUCUGGGAUUUACCUGCCUGGUUCUCCGAGCAAGUGAAGACUCCCCAGGCGCACCAGCUUCCCCCCUGCUGCUCGAGAGGAGGGAGCUUGACCGGCAUCUGACGGAUUCACUCAUCCUCGUGCUACCGGGGAGGGAAGAAUGCUCCAGGGUCACUGACUUGAAACUAAAGUGGUGGGCCAGCUGAGCUCGUCUCUGCUCCAGCACAGCUCCCAAUCUCCUAGCCCGGCUGGAUCUCCUGAGUGCGAGGUUAAUGGCGCAUGAGGCGAGGCGUUGCGUCCCUGUGCCAGUGGUAAUCCCUCGCUGCAACUUUAUUAUUUGCCCAUUCAGCUUCCAAGUCGUCUGACGACUCCUUCACGACCCCCCUUUUCCCCAGCAGCUACCUGCAAGUUCCCAAGCAUUUGACCAAAUGGGACCUUGCUGGGGAACCCUACCCCUAACGUGGUAACCUGCACUUAAAGCAGUGGCCCCCCCCCCCAUUCCCUGGCUUCCCCUGAAGCGCCUUUGCUGGACUCAAGCCGGCCAAAACGCAUUUCAAGGGGAUCACUGUGUACUGAAAAGGCUUGGCGUUACGUGAAAUUCACUGUGGAUAAGUUCUGAGCCCUCCUGCAUCCUUCCACACCGCACCCCCCCCCCCAAAAUCUCUCAGCAGUGCUUCCCGACCCUGUAACGCUGCUGAGCUCCCACAGACACCGUUAUCAGCUGACAUCUGCCAAAUUUCGCCAGACAACUUUGCUGCUUUUUAAACGCCUUCCCCGUCCCCUCCAAUCCGUAGCAGUUCAAAAGGAAAGUUUUUGCUUUUUGUUUGCUGACGCGGGGCUUAAACUGCAGGAACACCUCGCGUAACGGCUGACAGAGGCAAGUACCUUGGGACGCAGCACUUGUGCAGUCGCUGUGACUUGUUGAGGUUCCCACACUUUCUGUACAGGGUGUGACAACGGCGAAUAAAACUAACAGACCACGUCCAGCUCGGA